CUAUCGAUUCGAUCUCUUGUUUUAAAAUGACAUUACAUGUAUCGUUCUUCAUUUUACUUUACACUUUCAAUAUUUUGUUUCUUUCUCUUGAAAGCGACAAAAUACAACUAAAUAUACAUAUGUUUUAUUUUAAGUACACAAACAGCAGUUAAAACGAACUGACUCAUUUGACAUCUAGCAAAGUGCAAGCAAGAUUGUUUUAUUUUGAUUAACCGACUCCAUGUUUUGCGUGUUUCCGACUAAAGUCUAACAGUUUUGCGUGUUUAAACGCGCAUUUAUUUGUCUCGAAGAAACGAUUAAGAAAAGCGAUAGCAGUAUGGUCAGUCUUUAAUGUGGGCUGUUGAUUGAGUCUGUGAUUUUAACCCUUUUUUUAAUUUUUUUAACUGCCUGUAUGUGAAAGAUGUCUUGGCUCUUUGGCAAAAAGAAGCAUAAGGAUUCACCUCCCGAAUCCAGGGAUGAACAAGAGCAACAGACCCUUGCAGAUUCAGGAGAUGAAUUUGUAGUAAUCGAAAGAAGAAGAACAUCAUUGCCACCUAAUGUUGAUGGCCCAAGCACACCUUAUCCCAGUGGAUUAUAUCCGUUUAUCGGUGGAACACCAAUGAAUCCUACAAUGUCAGCUGGUAAUUUACCAAAUUUAACUCAACAAGCGGAUGCUCCGCAUUAUCUAAGCGGUGUGCCAUUUAAGUUAUGCAAACACUUGCAAAGUAAUAUGAAUAAUGACUUGGAGAUAGAUGGCCUACGGAUUAGCGAAAUAUCAUCUUUUGUCGAAAGAUUAGAAAAUCAAAAUUACGAUUAUGAUUUUUCUCUUGAAACAGGAGUUAUUUCAGAAAUGGAUAGCCAGACUGACGACUAACUUGAAAUCCCUCUGAUUGUUAUGUAAUAAGAGUGUAUAUUCUAUGAAUUAAGGAAUCAAACUUAAGUAUAUAUGUGUGUAUUUUUUAUUGUUAGUUAUUUGAAUGUAUAAUAAAAUCAUAUUUUUAAAG